AUGUCACUUGAAGUCUGGAUGUCUGCCUACAGUGCUUCAGGUGGUAUACCAUCAGGUCCUGCUGCUUUGCCUGACUUAAGAGACUUGAUGGCCUUGGUGAUCUCAUUCUUGGUAACGGGGCCAGUGUUAAUGUCGAAUAGUUUGUUAGGUGGUGAAAUAUCUGGUGGAAAAGAUGGUGUGUGUCUGUUAAGUGUUUCACCCAUCUUGCUCUCUGUUCCUCUUACCCUAAGAUGGUACUGCCAUUCUGGUCUUACUGUUUUUCCCAGAGAGAGUCCUUGUGGUUUCAUACAGCCUUUUCAUGUUUCCUUGGCUCACUGCAGUCUCUGCUUCAUGGGCCAGGUCCUCAAUGAAGUUUCUCUUGUCUUUUCUCAGACUUAUCUUCACUUCCGAAUUUUUCUCCCAGUAGCGUGUUUGCAAUUCCUGCUUCUCUUCUUGGUCUUGGGUUUGGUUGAUCUGGUCUUUCUGUUCUUUUCUCUUGGUGAUCAAUGCCCAUGUUUCUGUUGUCAACCACUCCUUGUGUUUCUUUGUCUUCCUCUCUAUGAUUGUUUGACAUGUUGUUUUUCAGGGGUCGUGCAGGAUAUGCCACUGUUCUUCUAUUGUUUCUUCUGGCAGCUGGGAAAGCAGGCUGAACUUGUUCCUCAGUUCCAGCUUGAAUUCUUCUGCUUUCCCCCCUCACUUUCUCUCUCAGGCUAUUCAUGUUGA